AUGCACCGUAGGGCACGCUUUCGCGGCGACGAUCUUGGUCUAAAUUGCAGGCAGCUGUGUAUCUCUGGUUCAGCACCUGCGUUGCAGGUCGGUGGAUCAAGCAGAUCAUCCACCCCAGCAAAAGCGAAGAGGCGGAGUGGUGCCCCGCAUGCGGGGCUGGUGGGCCAGCUCUCGUCAACCUUCGCUGCUCCGCUGGAGGAGUGCUCCACGUUGGAGAACCUUCACCGGGUGGCGCUCCAGAUCUCCGGACGCCUCUCUUCGCAUCGCCUGGCCUUUGCUGCCUUAGUGGCUGCGGUAUCAGGGCGCUGCACCAGCAUGCUGAGGAAGGGUUGGUCCAUGGAUGAGGCCAUGGAGGCAAUCCCCUUGCUAGGAGAUCUCUGGCAAGCAGGUCUCUUGUAUGUCCCUGGUGACACGGCACGCACCGCUGUAGCCUCUGCGUUGGCCACGUUGGUCUCCGGGGGUCGCCGGGAGACACCGCCGGGCUCCGCCUUUGGCUGCGCGCUGUCGCGGCCCUCGUCGACGGGAAGCGGCGUGGCAGCGCGGGAGAACAUGGAGCAACGCCUGAAGCGAUGGUGUCGCUCCUGUGAGAUUUUCGAAUCUGCUGCAUCCAUGGACCUCCUCACAAGGGAAGGUGGAGCUGUCGUGGAGGAGCAACUCUAUGAAGAGUUGAAGCGCACCCUGGCAGGUGCUCGAGAAGAGGACUUGCGAAAGGCAGCCUCAAAGAUCAAGUUGGGGAGCGUUCCCCUUUGUCGAGCUUGCGGGCUCCUGGCCAAAGCGAGAAGGCUGAACUGGGCCGACUCGUCCACUUUUGCAAAAGGAAACAGUGGUCACAUGCUUGGAACUGCCACAUGUUUUGCUCCAGGCCACAUCCAUCGAGCCAGAUCUCCACACCUGGCAGUUCCGACUCCGAGUCGGUCAAGGCGCAGAUGCGGUGGAGUCUGCGGACGAGUCUGCGGACACGAGAGACCCGAGAGUUGUGGAGUUUGCUUUGCCAGUGCAUCCAAAGCAUGA